AUGGUUCAAUUUACCUCUGCUAUCAUGGCUCCUGCCACUGCCGCCUUUCUUGUUUCUUUCCUCGCCCCAUCGGUCUACGCCUCACCAAUUCAAAUCAAGGAUGGUCCAGAGCGUGUCCUUUCCUGUCUGGCUAGAAGGGGCUUUUUUGGCAAAAUAACGGGGGCUAUUGCGGAAGCCACUGCCUCUUGCAUUGCUGAUGCUGUCCAUACCAAACGACAUGACAAUUCUAAUGGAUCCCCUCUUGGCGUUCCCGAUUUGAACAGAAUCAUGGCCGAAAAUGGAGGACCUAAAUACGCCGAGUGUAUGAAGAAGAGCUACCCUUCCUUCCCUGAUGUCGAUGCCGUCGAGACUCAGGUGAUCAAGGACUGCAUCUACCUCACCCAGCCAAAUGGCAAAAACUUGGCAGCCCGCGGCAAAUCUUAUGGCCACGAGGCUUCUUGUACCAAUUACAAGGAUGCCAAGCACAUCCCUAGCGUCUUUCAGGAGGCAGGACCAUUCCGCGCAAAAACCGACCCUUUCUGUGACAAGAUGAGAGCGGCUGUGAUCGACAAAGGCGAAGGUGAAGCCUACGAGGUACUGGGCGAUACAACAUUCAAAUACGGUGAUAGCGGUUUCGCUAGACCCCUUCUGAAACAUGAUGUCAAGGAUGCGCUUGGUCUCAGGACCAGGCUGACUUUGACAGACCGUGGCAGGGACCUGAUCAAGGACGACGGUGCUUAUGACGAGCUGUGCAGACCGGCCUUCAUGCAAUUUGGAACUAAAGGCAAAGGAUGCACGCAGGAGCUGGAAUACAGAAAGAGCGUGCACGAAGGUGGUGGCGAGUUCCCUACUACUGUUGCUAAGAAUGGCAACCUGAAAAUCUUUGACGGAAAGGAAGAGAUUGGGACGCUCUUUGUGGACUUGGAGGUGAUCAAUGAAUGGCCUGGGCUUACCGAAGAUGAGGAAAAGGAAGCCGAAGGUAGGCAUUAA